AAAGAUGCCACAGUUAGUUAGAUUUGACUUUGGUUGAUAAGAUUUACACACUUUACACAAUUAUAGUGUAAUUAACAAAACCCCUGUUGGGGGAACAAUAGUAACCCUACAUACAAUUUGUCCAUUCAUCCAUCUUCUACCACUUACUCCUUUUCAGGGUCACGGGGAACCUGGAGCCUAUCCCAGGGAACAUCGGGCACAAGGCGGGGUACACCCUGGACAGGGUGCCAAUCCAUCGCAGGGCACAAUCACAUUCACACACCCAUUCAUACACUACGGACACUUUGGACAUACCAAUCAGCCUACCAUGCAUGUCUUUGGACUGGGGGAGGAAACCAGAGUACCCGGAGGAAACCCCCACAGGGACUCGAACCCUGGGCCCUGGAGGUGUGAGGCGAAUGUGCUAACCACUAAGCCACCGUGCGCACCACAUACAAUUUUUAAUGGUUUUAAUGGUUAUAAUGGAAACUGUAAUGGUCCCUGUGGGUCUCUACUGGUAAUUUGUUUCCUUCUGUUGGUGACAUUUUAUGCCUAGUGGAUACCACUAAUGGCAAUAAUGAUUUUAAUGGUUAGCUGAUGGUUUGUGGUGGUAUUUGUAGUGGAAACCAUUAGAAAUUAUGUGAUGGUGAUGUUUUCUAUUGUUUUUUUUUCCCAGCAGGGACAUUUAGGAGCCUGGUUUUGUUCAUAGAUACAUAAAAGACUCAUUUAGUGCAAAGAUUUGACAUUUUCCAUCUCUGGUAAUGCAAAAAAUAAAAUAAAAGUUACAGUUCGAGCCUGGUCUAGCAUGAUAGUUGUGUUUUGUAGUAAUUUGAGGGUUUUGUUUUUGUUUUUUAAAUAUUCCUUUAAUACUUGUCUUUUUUUUAUUAACCUCGUAUUAUUUAUAUCGUUACUGUUAAAAUGCAGUUGAUUAUAAAGGUGUAGUGUGUUUAUAUUAAAAGCACAGCGCCUGUGUUAUUACCCGCAGGAGCAUCCGGGUCUUUGUGAUGGCGUCGGUCGCUGUUCGGAAGCCAUUUUGGAGGCGCUCGAGCUUUUCCCAUGGCGACUCUACAGCACCACUGUGUGUUUGGGAAACUCGGCGGAGAAACAAUGGACAUGUUUCCAUUCAGUUUGUAGCACAAGAUACGCCGUUGUUUUGGGGAACAGUCGAUAUGACAUUGUGUAUUUUGGGGGAAAUUGCACUUUAUUUCUUUUGCCGGUUCUUCACACGGAGCGAGUGUUUUCUUCACUAACUCGGUGUUGUUGCAGUGGUCAGAGGACAUGGACGGCUUGUUCGCAUUCAUGUGUCGCGGUUAAUUAUUAUUAGUAUUAUCAUUAUUAUUGUAAAUGCUUUCCAGAGGAAAAAAUCCUAAAAGACAGAGUCUUUCUCGGGUCUCCGUCCGUCUCACUGCAGGAAUAUGUUUGCUCGCUGGGUGACACUGGCACUUAUUCGGGGAAGUUUGUUAGCAGGUCCCGGACAAGGCGAGGUCGGCACCAGAGAGUGUGCGUAUUAUAAUGAUAACUGGCGAGCUGAGAAGACUAAUCAGAGUGGCUAUGAGAGAUGUGAGGGAGAAAAGGACAAACGGCAGCACUGCUAUGCGUCCUGGAUCAACUCUUCAGGAAGCAUACACCUGGUGAAAAAGGGCUGCUGGCUCGAUGACUUCAACUGCUACAACAGACAGGAGUGUGUGGCCACAGAGGAAAGCCCUCAGGUGUUUUUCUGCUGCUGCGAGGGAAAUUACUGCAAUGAAAGAUUCACACACAUGCCCGAAAUCACCGCUCCUGGAGUGAAGAUCCAGCCUCCUCCAGUGGGACUGUCUCUGCUUAGUGUGUUGGCAUACUCUCUCCUUCCUCUGCUUGUGCUUUCUCUGGCUUUGAUACUUGCAUGCUGGACUUACCACCAGCGCAAAGCUCCGUACGGCCACGUCGACAUUAACCAGGGUUUGGGUCCUGCUCCUCCGUCUCCUCUGGUGGGUCUGAAGCCAUUACAGCUGCUGGAGAUGAAGGCAAGGGGGCGCUUCGGGUGUGUCUGGAAGGCUCAGCUACUAACCGAAUAUGUUGCAGUCAAGAUAUUCCCUGUUCAGGAUAAGCAGUCAUGGCAGAAUGAGAGAGAAAUUUACCUCACUGAGGGACUGAGACACGAGAACCUGCUACGCUACAUCUCUGCUGAAAAACGAGGAACCAACCUGCAAAUGGAGCUCUGGCUCAUCACCGAAUUCCACGAAAGGGGAUCUUUAGCAGACUACCUAAAGGGGAAUGUGGUGAACUGGCCUGAUUUGUGCCACAUUGCAGAGAGCAUGGCCCGAGGCCUUGCCUACCUACAUGAGGAUCUGUCCUACAGACCGGAGGGGCCUAAACCAGCAAUCGCACACAGGGACUUUAAGAGUAAGAAUGUGAUGCUCAGGACUGAUUUGACUGCUGUGAUUGGAGACUUUGGUCUGGCUGUGCGCUUCGAACCAGGGAAACCACCAGGAGAUACUCAUGGCCAGGUUGGUACUAGGCGCUACAUGGCCCCAGAGGUGCUGGAGGGUGCCAUAAAUUUUCACAGGGAUGCCUUUUUGAGGAUUGAUAUGUAUGCUUUGGGCCUGGUGCUCUGGGAGCUGUUGUCCCGCUGCACUGCUGCUGAUGGGUCUGUACAUGAGUAUAUGCUCCCAUUUGAGGAGGAGGUGGGUCACCACCCAUCUUUGGAGGAUCUGCAGGAUGUGGUGGUCCAUAAGAAGAUGAGGCCCAUGCUGAAGGACUGCUGGCUUAAACAUCCGGGAAUGGCUCAUAUGUGUGAGACAGUAGAAGAGUGCUGGGACCACGACGCAGAGGCCCGUCUGUCCGCAGGCUGUGUGGAAGAACGCAUCAUCACCAUCACCAGGGCAACCAACACCACCAACAGUUCUACCUCAGACUGCCUUGUCUCCAUGGUUAUGAUCGAUAGCGACUCAGCUCUACCACUCAAAGAGGCGAGCAUUUGAAUGCUGUCCAUCAGUGAAGUAGGAACUAGAGACCGCAAGACUACCAACAUCAAACCUCUCCAGUAAUGUGAACUUUGCUGCUCUUCUGAUAUUUUCUAUGGAGCUAAACAAAAAGAUCUGCUAGCAAAACAUUAAGUAUAAAAAACUGACAUAAUAAGGAUGAAAUCAGACUUUGUUCUCAAAGUGUGUGCGUGCAGACAUUAGAUGUGCUCACUAAAGGAAUUCUGGCGUUUCACCCAUGAAUUUCAGGAGCAAAAUGUUUUUGUCUUUGGUUUUUUUUGUUGUUUUUUUUUUUUUUUUAAAAAAGAAAGUUUGUCUUUAGUUGUUGAUCAUUUUGCUUGUGGAUCUUUAAUAUCUUUCAGACAGAUUUACCUCCAUAAUUUUUAUUUGGAUUUUACUAAACCUCACAGUACAUCCCCUCCCCCCCUUGCAUUCAGAAAGCAUAAAAACACAACACAGCGGCUGAAGCCUCGUACGGCAAUCAGAUGACCAUUUCACAGUGCACUCGUUACCUCAUGUUUUUGCUGACUUUCAGGAUUCGAAUGUGAAUUGUAAGGGAGUUUACUUUUCCCUAAUAUCUGUAUCCACUCCGUAAAUACCUCCAUUCAAGGACUUGGCUCGUGAAAUCUACAUUCCUCACUUGUCUUUAUGCUGUUGAUCAGUGACUCGACAAAGCGGAGCGAGAAGCUAAAGACUGUUACGCAAAACCGACCUCCGUUUGAUCGAGCACGUCUCCUACAACUCAGUGGUCUUUAAAAAAAACAAAAAAAAACAACUGCUUUUAUGGUUGCUAGAAUCUUUAGUUUCUUUGUGAAAGUGUUUGAUGUGUUUUAUGAAGAAUGAUAUGCUUGUUAGGAAUUGGAGAGAGCAGUUGUCUGGAACACUGGAAUCAAAAGGCAGCAGGACUGUUUUGGUUAUUUUCAGUAUUGCUAUAUUAUAGCAUAGCCUCUGAUUAUCUGUUCUUCGACAGUUUUAUCAGGCAGAUUAUGUGUGUGGUGGUCUGGGAAAACGCUUUGGAUGUCGCUGCAACAAAUUCUGUAAAACAUACAAAAACAAUAAGCCAAAUAGCCAGUAAUAUACAUCUCUACAUUAAGAAAACAUAGAUUUUACUACAACAAUGUGAAAAAGUUUUUUUUAUUUAGGCUACUUUCUAAUUUGGCCUAGUCUGCCUGCAAAAAUCCUGCUGAAGUCCUGCUAGCUGAGUGGAAUUUUCUCACACUGAAUAUCAGGCUUUCUUACGAUCGUUACGUGACGUGGUGAAAUACUCAUUUGUACUCUGACAACAGCUGUCAUCAUCAAAACUGAGGAGUGCUUACACACUACAGACGGCAGCGAAAAAGAGUUUGAAUGUUUGAGUGACUUAAUAAAAAGAUAAUCCAUCCAUCCAUGUAUCUUCAACCGCUUACUCCUUUUCAGGGUCACGGGGAACCUGGAGCCUAUCCCAGGGAGCAUGGGGCACAAGGCGGGGUACACCGUGGACAGGGUGCCAGUCCAUCGCAGGGCACACAAUCACACACACAUUCACACACCCAUUCAUACACUACGGACACUUUAGACACGCCAAUCAGCCUACCAUUUUCGUUGACAGAACUGACUGACUGAUUCAGAAAUGAUUCCCCAUCCAUGCUAGCAUGAACAGAGUUCAGUCACGUGAAGAGAUUAUAAUGAGGCCUGCGAGUGACUUUUACCUCAGGUGAUGAUACAGAUUGAUGUGGAUGACACUGAUAAUCAAAGUGAUUACUGUGAUUUAUAACCGUUAAUGUCUAUAAAUGUAGAGGUAGGCACGGUGUCUGUCUUUCAGUGGAAUUGGUAUUGAAUCUUUAACUGCCUUUUAUCACUUUCGGUAUUUUCAAAUGCUACUUCUUUUAACUUCUGUUUGAGAUAUAUGUGCUGACAAAUUUUAGUUCAGGAAAGCCUUUAGAUUUCAGAAUUUUUUUAUAUAUAUAUUGCACACACACUCUGUCACAAGUGUCACAUAUAAUGUCACAAUCUGACCUUUCCCAGGCCACCACACACACAUUUGUAAGACUAGUCUUUGAUUAUUGAGCUCUAGUGUACAUGCGUCUACAGAAUGAGCAUUGUGUGACAUGGAAAUGCCUUUAUGCUCUUCAUACUUUAGUAUUACGCCUACAUAUUUAGGACCGGGUCUCUGAAAGUGUGUAGGUGAACAUGUGAUGUGUGCUUUAUUGACAGGUGCUGCCUAUGUAAUGAGCAAUAGCACUGAUGCUUCAGGAUUAAUAAGGUUGGAUUUGUUUGUGAUGUAUACACUACUCAGGGAUGUGUGUGUGAGUGGUAACUGUAAGGAGUCUGUGUGUUUGUACGUGUGUAUGUAGUUUUUAAUCGCACAGCUUUUAGCAAUAGCAGUAGGUCCCUCUCAGUGGAGUAGAGAUGGUGCUCGUGUUCAUUUUUAUUGCUCCUUCAAAAACCAGGCUUAAUGAAUCGCAUCUUUGUGUGUGUGUGUGUGUGUGUUUGCUGAGAAUUUGUGAAGUUUAGUAGUAAUAUAACAAUUCUGACCUCAUUUAGGUGUGUUGUAUUGUUUUUGUGGUAGAAAUGUAUGGCUACUUUUAUAUGAUUGAGAUUUGUUUUUAUAUAGCAAGUGCUGUGAUGUUUGUGUGCUCACAAUAUAGCUAAUGUAAAGACAACAGGUCUGUGGUUUUUGUGCACAGAGAUGGCAUUUUCUCAUUUAUUGCUGUCUUUUUUUUUAAUUAUUAUUUUAUUUAUUUUUUUAACUUAUGUAAAAGGUGGGACCUACCUCAUUUGAACCACUCUGGAAUAAUGGUUAUGUUUCCAAACAUUUUCCCCCUUCACCGAUGUUGAAAUUGUAUUUGUGUUACUGUUAUACUCUGUAUACAACAGCAGCAGCAUCUCUAACCUCUACCUGAGCCAAUUCAAUCAGCAUGACUGACACUCGUAAAUGUAUACUGACAUCAGGGAUUUAAAAGUAAACCUAUGAAGUAUGACAGCUGUCUACAUGUUAGGUUGUGCCACAUUUCUUUUAAGUGGAUUAAAUCAGCAGUGCUACUAGAGUCUUCAUACAGGGAAGGGUUUUGUUUUUUGGUUUUUUUUUAAUUAAUGCUACAAAUCAUUAAUGUAGUCUUAACACAAGAAAUUUGGCAUGCACACCUCUUUGCCAGAUUGUUCAUUUGGAAGCUGUACGUGCUCUGAUUUCUGUAAAUCUAAUGCUGCUUUUGACUUGCUCCUCUUACUCCUUGUUUUUCCCGAGUAGGUAUUUGGAGUUGAGGGCCUGUUGUCUUUUGGUUUAUCGUAGGAGGAGGCUCUAAAUUACGAGCGUUAAUCGAAGGCUGCGCAGCCCUCGCCAUAUGUCUACAACUAGGUUUAGUACAUGCAAAAAAAUUUUUUUAAUGAUUACAAAUCAGGAAAAUGAUCUUGACACAAAGAAUUUGGCCUGCACACCUUGGAGUUUUCCACCAUCUCAAAAUUACAUAAAUUGUUGUGGUUUUUUUUGUUGCAUUUUUUAAAUCAUUAAAGUUAUCAAUACACAAUGGUUUGUGAGUCAUUAUCUGCUGGAAUCUUAAGUUUGGCAGUUGCUUCUCUUUUCCCUGUAAUCUUAACCCUAGUCCUAUGCAUCCAGGAUUCAUAAAUGCAACUUGUUUAUCUUUUUUUCUUUUUUUUAAACGGCAAAAUAAAAUAAAUCAUAUGUUUGUCAACACACAAAGAAUCUGGCAUGCAAAUCUCUACAUGUGGUAUUAUUCCAGAUCUAAAGUUUGGAAGCUAUAUGCACUUUUUUUCAUGACCCUAACCCUAAACCUAGAGCGUUGAAACAAAAAAAUCGGAAAUCAUAAAGGGAGGACAAAAAAAAAAAAAAACCCCACCUGUGUGGCAUGGUUUUCCAAAAUUGUAAGUCUGGAAAGUGUAACUCUAAUGCUAGUCCUGUACCUAUCAGUUCAAUGCGUGCAAAAUUUAAAGAAAAAGUUAAUCAUACAUGUUAUCAACACAGAAUUUAGGCAGCAGAUGUCUGUGUGCGGUCAUUUCCUACACCCCAAUCUAGAAAGAACAUGAUCUUCUAGACCACCAGCAUGUAUUUAGAACAGUGCUGAAUAACGAAUAACAGUUGUUAAAGCAUAUGCAUGUACAGGAUGUACACAGCCCUGUGUGUGCAUGUCCAUGGUGCUCAUAAAAUUAGGAUCAUCAGUUGUCCUGUGUUUCACAAACAGACUGGAUGAUACCAAAUGUUAAAGGGUUCUUAGUAAAUAUAAUCGUUUUUUACUUCUUUAUUUGUUCUUGUAUGAUUCUCUUGUCUCACUGUUUGUCAGGUAAUUUCAAUUUAUUGCCACAUCCAGAAUUUUACUUCAUUAAAGAUCACUAAGUGCAGCUAA